AUGUGGUCGUGGACGUGGUGGCUUGACGUCGUCAGUAAUCCAUUCGAGUACUGGAGCCUUUCAUCACCGGAAUUACCCAGUUCCGGUGUGAUGUUGUGGUUAGUUGUGGCAGCGAUUGUAAUUCGAUUUCUGCACAUCUUCGGCUCACCUGCUGUACCCGAAGUGACGUUGUUGGAGAAAUCCGAGCACACCGCUAUGAAAAGUCUCAUUAGUGGAAUCGACAUGCUAAAAGAACCCUACCGACCACCUGGCCUAUGGGGUCGAUCUGGACACGUUCAAACGGUGACGUAUGGCCUGCUAGGCCAUGCCUCCCUCAAGAGGGUGUUCGACCGACGGGCUGCUAUUCGUCUCAGCGAUGGCUCUACCAUAACAUUUGACGGAAAUGGACAUUUUCGUGAUGAGCCUUUUCAGAGCGGUCUCGAUCUUACCCUUGCGCUCACUCCAGGAAUAGCCAACAGCAGUGAAAGCAACUAUAUUCGAACUUGUGUGCAUUAUGCUCAGGAACGAGGCUAUCGAUGUGCUGUUCUGAAUCACUUGGGUGCACUUCAUGAUGUCAAACUUACAGGAAGCAGAAUCUUCACAUACGGCGGUACGGACGAGUUGCAUGCAAUGAUGAAUCAGCUGUUCAGUGAUUAUCCACGUUCGCAUUUUAUCAGUAUCGGCUUCUCAAUGGGGGCCAAUAUCACCGCUCGCUUCCUUACGCAGGUCUCAGAAGAACAGAGGAGUCGUAUUUUGCUAGGCUUGAGUGUAUGUCAGGGAUAUUCGGCAACCACAUCCGCGCCCAUGUAUCACGAUUGGGAAAAUGGACGACGUAUCUAUAACUAUUUCAUUACUGAGAACAUGAAACGUCUCCUUCGACGUAAUUAUGAGCAAGCAGUUGCACCUCAUGUUGCCAGUGGGUUGAUUGAUGAACAGCGUCUCUGGUCAGCCACAUCCAUUGUGGCGUUUGACGAAAACUAUAACCGUCGAGUGGCUGGUUUCCAAAAUCUCGAGUCAUUCUACGCAUGGUGUGAUUCGUUACCACAUCUCUCUAAGCUGCGAGUGCCAAUGAUAUUUUUAAACGCCGAAGAUGACCCCAUCGUUCCACGGUGUCUUUGGGAACCAGUGAAGGAACUCGCUUCCCACUCCGAAGACAUGGCAUUCAUUUCGACCCGACAUGGCGGUCAUUUGGGCUUCCUUGAAGGUAGCUCAUUCGCACCGCAUUCAGUCACCUGGCUCGAUCGGUUCAUUGUGGUUAUGGCUGAUCAAGCCGUCAAGGCUUAUGCUUAA